AUGUACUGCGUUAUUUGUACACCCCAUGGUAUGCAUGGGUGCAGUGAGGCUCGGGUACGGCUGUAUGAAAGUAAGGAAUUGCACUCACAGGACUGGUUGUACGGAUAUUCUAAAAAGGUGCCGUGGAAUUAUGCUGCUGCUUUUGCACAAAUGUGCUGUGGAG